AUGCCAGUUCCCGCACCCGAUGAAUCUCGCCCAGGUACUCCUGGAGACGAUAUCGAUUUUGACGAGCCUCAGUGGGACAUGAUUGACGAGCUUCAAUCACAUGGAAUCAAUGCACAAGACAUCACCAAGCUCAAGAAAGAAGGCAUAUGCACGGUCUCAGCGGUGCGCAUGACCUCACGCAGGAACAUGCUCAAGAUCAAAGGAAUGUCGGAAGCCAAGGUGGAAAAGAUCAAGGAAGCAGCGCAGAAGAUGCUAGGAUCGUCGUUCCAGACCGGAAUGCAGGUCUCGGACAAGCGGAAGCGCGUGCUACAGAUUAGCUCUGGAAGCAAGUCGGUCGAUGGAAUGCUCGGAGGCGGGUUCAUGAGUCAGAGUAUAUCAGAAGUCUAUGGGGAGUUCCGCACGGGGAAAACCCAACUCGCACACACGCUUUCUGUUAUGGCCCAACUGCCACCGGAGAUGGGCGGCGCCUCGGGCAAGGUAACAUACAUAGAUACCGAAGGCACAUUCCGGCCCGACCGCAUCCGGGCGAUUGCCGACCGGUUUGGAGUCGAUCCUGAGCAGACACUGGAGAACAUUACGUACGCUCGUGCAUACAAUAGUGAACAUCAGAUGGAGCUAAUACAAGAAGCGGGGAUGCGGUUCGCAGAAGAGAAGAACUUUAGGCUGCUGAUUGUGGACAGCAUCAUGGCACUGUUUAGGACUGACUACUCCGGGCGCGGAGAAUUGAGCGAGCGACAGCAAAAGGCGAGUGGAUUUUAUGCUUGCCAAGCUAUCGAAGCUGUCGGAGGAAUCGUUGUGCUCCUUACGAACCAAGUACAAGCUGAUCCCGGUGCGACGAUGGCAUUUGCUCCAACUGUCAAGCCGAUUGGAGGCCAUAUACUGUCUCAUGCAUCCGCCACACGCAUCAUGUUGCGUAAAGGUCGUGGCGAAGAACGCGUGGCAAAACUAGUAGACAGUCCAGAUCGGCCGGAAAGUGAGGGUAGCUAUAAACUGGAUGAAGGUGGUUGGGCAGACGUUUGA